CUUCUUCCACUCUGUUUCAUUCUACAAAUGCUCUGAAAUCCAAAACAAAGGAGGAUAAAUUUCCCAAAAUGUCCAGCUUACUGGACAUGUCUCGACAAUCUCAUCCGCAAGAGCAAAGAUCAUGGGGGGCAUAACAGUUAUUCCAGAGGCAGAGGCUAGGGUUCGGUUUUGGGUGCAGAGCCUGAUCGUAAUUGGCUCGCCCGUCGUAACGCAACCCGACCCAAACCCUACCCUGUACGACCUGCACAAGUAAUGCAAGUACAGCAGGAGCCAAUAUUGUUAGCAGCAAGUGAUGGGUCUGAUGGAGAGGCUAAAUUAUAAAUAUAAAACUGGGAUCAUGGUGUCACCAAUGAGGAUAUUAAGCAACAGGGCAUUUGUGCUGAUCGUGAAUCUGCAGUGAUGAAUGAUGAUGUUGACUUGUUGAGGUUUGGGGUAUUAUGGGCAUGUACGUGUGCAGUAGCUAAGGCCGUGAUGGUAUAGUAUAAAUUGCUAUUUGGCAUCAUACCGCUUGAAAGUAGCUUUUGAGAUGGCUUUAAGAAUCUUGUUAUGAUCAUUGCUGCAGUUCUUUCACGAUGAUGAUAAAAAAAAAAGGCAGCAGGGCAUUAUGUUGUCACGUGUCCUAUAAUCGAGGUGAUUUUCUCCGAGGUUGGUGAUUUGUUGAGGUACUCGCUUCAUUAUGAUAUGAGUGGGAGAUCAAAGGGAACAGCCGAAGUUGUAUUUGCACUCCAAACAGAUCCUCUAGCAGCUAUCAAGAGAUACAAUAAUGUUCAGCUUGAUGGGAAGCCCCUGAAAAUUGAGCUUGUAGGGGUUAAUGUGAUAACUCCUGUCCCUGUUCUUGUAACAACAACUACCAACUUGGCAAAACCAAAAAAUGUCAUUAGAAGUGUUCAAGAAAGAAUUGGUGCAAGGAGAAGGGGCCAUGGCAGCGGUCAAGAAUUGGCCAGGGGCCGCAGCCAGGGAGACACCAUGUCGAGAAGCUUACUGCAGAAGCACUUGAUUUUGACCUGGACAGAUACCACCUUGAAGCCAUGAAAUUAAAGUGAUUUCACUGACUAGUCGAGGAUAUUUGCUCGCAUAUUCGCCUCUAUCACUGUCUUUUUGUAGAGUUACUGGCCAUUUUGGGGUAGGAAUAGGAACUUCGAUAUAAGCACAUCGCUUCACAGGAUCAUGGUAUAACUAGGGACCCUAGGUUAAUAGUUUCAUUUAACAACACCAUUUUGAUUGGAAUAUGCGCUGUACAGUGCUGUUCUGAUUUAGCUUUUGACAGUUGGUGCUUUAUCAUUUAUGCUGCAGGAUAAAAACCUUGAAAUUACUGAACCCAUUGUUCUGACUGUCAACAUUUUACACUAAAAUGGUUUUGCGAGAGACGUGAACCAUGGCAUUGUCACAUUUAUGGUUCAUGUUACCUGUUCUUCCAUAUAUUUAUCUUAAUUAAACGGUGCGGCUCAUUUUGCUGGGUUCGUUUCGCAUUAAUUUUUUGUA